AUGAAUAUUUAUCAUAUAAAUCAUAUAUCAUUUAUUGAAUUACCUUUACGUUACUUUACAACAGUACAAUUAUAUAAACCUUCGAAAUUUAGAGAUAUAAAGAAAAAAUUGUUUCUAAAGAAAAAACUUUUUAAGAUAUUUAAUAAAAAGAAAGACGUUGAUAUAAAGAAUGAUGUUUUUUACAAUAUAAUAUCUGAAUAUCAAAAAAACAAAAUAAGAAUUUAUAAAAAUAAUAAAUAUAAUGUGUGUGAAAAUUGUGAGAAAAGUCCAAGUUUUGAAAACAUUCUUUUUAAAAGUAGUACUUUUGGUUAUUUAGAAUUACAAUAUAUUUUAUCUACUUUCUUACAUUACGAAAAAAGUAGAUUAAAAAAAGAAGAUAUUUUAACUUUAAGUAAUUUUUUUAAUUUAUCCGAAAAAGAAUUAUAUAAUUAUUUAUGUGGGAAUGAGUUAAUACCUCAAAAAUAUAUAGAGACUGAUGUUAUAAAAAAUCUCCUAAAAUUUAUAAAUAUUAAUCAUCCUUCUUUGAAUUAA